GCGGCGGCGGCCGCGCAGACAGUGCUGAGGCGGCGGCAGCUGUAGAAGAAGGAGAAGGAGGAGCUGCAUCCUAGGGGCAAUGGCGGCCGACAGCCGGGAGGAGAAAGAUGGAGAACUUAAUGUUCUGGAUGAUAUUUUGACUGAAGUACCUGAUCAGGAUGACGAAUUAUAUAACCCUGAAAGUGAACAAGAUAAAAAUGAGAAAAAGGGUUCAAAAAGAAAAAGUGACCGAAUAGAAACUACUGAAAGCAAGAGACAAAAACCUUCUGUACAUUCAAGACAGUUGAUGCCAAAGCCAUCUAGCUCAUCUAUUAGCAAUAACAAAAGAAUAAUUAGUACAAAAGGAAAGCCAGUAACAGAGUAUAAAAAUGAAGAAUACCAGAGGUCUGAACGAAAGACCCGUUUAUCAAGUGGCAGUUCCAGAGAGCCAUAUAAAAGUCAACCUGAAAAGACUUGUGUCAGGAAAAGGGAUCCUGAAAGAAGGGCCAAGUCUUCUACACCAGAUGGUUCACAGAGAAUUAGGCAUGAUGUGGAUAGACGGCACAGCAGAUCAAGCCUUUCUUCUAAAGAAGAAGUAAACUCUGAAGAAUAUGGCUCUGACCAUGAGACUGGUAGCAGUGGUUCUUCUGAAGAGCAAGGAAACAACAGUGAGAAUGAGGAAGAAGGAAUGGAAGAAGAGGAAGAGGAUGAUGAUGAUGGGGAAGAUGAAGAAGAGGUAGAAGAAGAUGGAGAGGAGGAGGAUGAAGAGGAGUAUGAGCAAGAUGAAAGAGACCAAAAAGAGGGAAACGACUAUGAUACUCGAAGUGAAGCCAGUGACUCUGAUUCUGAGUCUGUAUCUUUCACAGAUGGGUCAGUCAGAUCUGGUUCUGGCACAGAUGGAUCAGAUGAGAAAAAGAAAGAAAGGAAGAGAGCCAGAGGCAUAUCUCCAAUCGUUUUUGAUAGAAGUGGAAGUUCUGCAUCAGAAUCCUACGCAGGUUCAGAAAAGAAGCAUGAGAAAUUAUCAUCUUCCGUUCGUGCUGUCCGAAAAGACCAAACAAGUAAACUUAAAUAUGUUCUUCAGGAUGCAAGAUUCUUCCUUAUAAAGAGUAACAACCAUGAGAAUGUCUCUCUUGCUAAAGCCAAGGGUGUAUGGUCAACACUUCCAGUAAAUGAAAAGAAAUUGAAUGCUGCAUUCAGAUCUGCAAGAAGCGUUAUUUUGAUAUUUUCUGUAAGAGAGAGUGGAAAAUUUCAAGGGUUUGCAAGACUCUCUUCAGAGUCCCAUCAUGGAGGAUCUCCUAUACAUUGGGUUCUGCCUGCAGGAAUGAAUGCUAAAAUGCUUGGAGGCGUCUUUAAAAUUGACUGGAUUUGCAGGCGUGAAUUGCCCUUCACUAAAUCUGCUCACCUUACCAAUCCUUGGAAUGAACAUAAACCAGUUAAGAUUGGACGCGAUGGACAGGAAAUUGAGCUUGAAUGUGGAACCCAGCUUUGUCUUCUAUUUCCCCCCGAUGAAAGUAUUGACUUGUAUCAGGUCAUUCAUAAAAUGCGUCACAAGAGAAGAAUGCAUUCACAGCCCCGUUCAAGAGGACGUCCUUCCCGUCGAGAACCAGUCCGGGAUGUGGGAAGGCGUCGACCAGAAGAUUAUGAUAUUCAUAACAGCAGAAAGAAACCAAGGAUUGACUAUCCUCCUGAGUUUCAUCAAAGACCAGGGUAUUUAAAGGAUCCACGGUAUCAAGAAGUAGAUAGUUUCACAAAUCUUAUUCCCAACAGACGAUUUUCAGGAGUUCGCAGAGAUGUUUUUCUAAAUGGGUCCUACAAUGAUUAUGUGAGAGAAUUUCACAACAUGGGACCACCACCACCAUGGCAGGGAAUGCCCCCUUAUCCAGGAAUUGAACAACCACCACAUCAUCCUUACUAUCAGCACCAUGCUCCACCUCCUCAAGCCCACCCCCCUUACUCAGGACAUCAUCCAGUACCCCAUGAAGCAAGAUACAGAGAUAAACGAGUAAUAUCAUCUUCUUUUCAGCAUGAUUAUGAUAUGCGGGUAGAUGACUUCCUUCGUCGAACACAAGCUGUUGUCAGUGGCCGAAGAAGCAGACCCCGGGAAAGAGAUCGAGAGAGAGAGCGUGAUCGUCCUCGAGAUAACAGAAGAGACAGAGAUAGGGAUCGAGGAAGAGAUAGAGAGAGAGAGAGAGAGCGAUUAUGUGAUCGGGACAGAGACCGAGGGGAGAGAGGACGAUACAGAAGAUAAUGUAUCUUGAAGCACUGAUUGUUUAAAAACAACAAAAAAAUUCUUGUAUUUUUUUUGUGUGUUUACAAGUAGUAAAUUUAUUUUCAGAUGUCUACUUAAA